AGCUCACCUGCAAAAGGAGGGCAGGCGGAAGAGGGGAAGGUUGUUGCUGCAUCAAGGACUCCGAGGACCUCCUGGCAGAGAGACGCCACGCACAAACACGUGCCAAGCCAGCCACUCGCCGCCCAAGAAUCACUCUCUUCUCUUCCAUUCUGUUUGUGGAUCUGUAACCUACAUUCUGAAGCCUACAAUGGGAACACCUGCGGAACCUAUCAUAUUCUCAUUAGUGGUCUCUUUUGCGGUAUGGGGGCCAGCAGUCAGCACAAGGAACUAUGGGCCAGUUUUUGAAGAACAACCACGCAACAUACUUUUCCCAGAAGGGUCAACAGAGGAGCAGAUAUUGCUGGUCUGUCACGCACGAGCCAGCCCUCCUGCAACCUACAAGUGGAAGAAGAAUGGCACAGAGAUCAAAAUGGAGCCAGACUCCCGUUACAGGUUGAAUGGGGGAAACCUGGUGAUAAGCAACCCAGUGAAAGCCAAAGAUACAGGAUCAUACCAGUGUGUGGCCUCCAACUCCGUGGGCACUGUUCUCAGCAGAGAAGCUUUUGUUCGUUUUGGCUUUUUGCAGGAAUUCUCUACAGAAGAGCGACACCCAGUGAGGGUUACAGAGGGCCGGGGGGUGAUGUUUUCUUGCAACCCACCCUUGCAUUACCCAGGACUCGCUUACCGCUGGUUUGUGAAUGAGUUUCCCAACUUCGUCCCAGCAGAUGGAAGGCGCUUCAUCUCCCAGACAACUGGAAACCUUUACAUUGCCAAGACAGAGGCCUCUGAUCUAGGCAACUAUUCCUGCUUUGUCACCGGCCACAUUGACUCCAUCAUAAAGAGUGUUUUUAGCACAUCUUCUCAGCUCACCCUUGUUGGAGGAGAUUCCAGACAGCACGCCCCAAGCAUUCAAGCCAAGUUUCCUUCUGACACUUACGCUCUGGCUGGGCAGCUGGUGGCUUUGGAGUGCUUUGCCUUUGGGAACCCCAUCCCUCAAAUAAAAUGGCGGAAGUUGGAGGAUGGCCAGUCUUCCAAGUGGAUUGCAGCUGAGCCCCUCCUGCAGUUCAAGGAGAUUGGUUUUGAAGACGAGGGCACUUAUGAGUGUGUAGCCAAGAAUGUCCAAGGAACAGACUCCUCUCGGGGCCGCAUCAUCAUCCAAGCUCAGCCAGAAUGGCUAAAGGUCAUCGCAGACAAAGAGGCUGACCUUGGAUCAAAUCUCCAUUGGAGCUGUGCUGCAGCUGGCAAGCCACGGCCUACGAUAAGAUGGCUACGGAACGGACAGCCAUUAACUUCUCAGAAUCGUAUUGAAGUGAAUGGUGGGGAUUUGAGGAUUCUAAAGUUAACAAUGGAGGACUCCGGGAUGUACCAGUGUGUAGGAGAGAAUAAACACGGUAUCAUUUAUGCAAGUGCUGAAUUGUCUGUGCAAGCCUUUGCUCCAGAUUUUCGGUUAAAUCCUGUGAGGGGACUGAUCCCAGCAGCUCGAGGUGGAGAAAUCAUCAUCCAUUGCCAGCCAAGAACUGCGCCGAAGUCCACUAUACUCUGGACCAAAGGAACUGAACUUCUGAAAAAUAGUUCCAGCAUAACGAUUACUCCAGAUGGCACCUUAAUUAUUCGGAAUAUUAGCAAAUCAGAUGAGGGGAAAUACACCUGCUUUGCUGAGAAUUUCAUGGGCAAAGCAAAUAGCACAGGAAUCAUCUCCGUUCGAGAUGCCACCAAAAUCACCCUUGCACCAUCCAGUGCUGACAUCAAUGUUGGUGAGAACAUUACCCUUCAGUGUCAUGCCUCUCAUGACCCAACAAUGGAUCUCACCUUUACCUGGAGCCUCGAUCUCUUCCCCAUUGACUUUGUCAAGUCUGAAGGCCACUACAAACGAGCUAGUACAAAAGAGAGUAUCGGAGACCUCAUGGUCAUGAAUGCUCAACUGAAACAUGCUGGCCGAUAUACAUGCACAGCGCAGACAGUGGUAGACAGUGCUUCUGAGUCAGCCACUCUGGUUGUAAGAGGUCCUCCAGGCCCCCCUGGGGGGUUGGUGGUGAGGAACAUCAAGGAUACCACUGUGCAACUGAGCUGGAGUCGAGGCUUUGAUAAUCACAGCCCUAUAGCCAAAUAUAUCAUCCAGGCCCGCACUCCGCUCUUCCCCAAAUGGAAGCAAGUACGCACCAUUCCUGCAAAUAUUGAAGGUAACACAGACACAGCCCAAGUGGUCAACCUCAUACCGUGGAUGGAUUAUGAAUUUCGGGUCUUGGCCAGCAACAUCCUUGGAGUUGGAGAACCCAGUGUGCCAUCUGCGAAGAUUCGCACCAGUGAAGCUCCCCCUACUGUGGCACCAUCUGGGCUGAGUGGAGGAGGAGGAGCACCAGGAGAACUCAUCAUCAACUGGACGCCAAUGCAACGGGAGUACCAGAAUGGAGAUGGCUUUGGAUACAUUCUGUCUUUCCGACAAGAAGGCACCCAUACCUGGAAGACUGCAAAAGCUCCCCAUGCAGAAUCACUACAUUAUGUUUAUCGCAAUGAGAGCGUUGCGCCUUUUACAGCCUUUGAAGUGAAGAUCAGGGCCUUCAACCGGAAGGGGGAGGGGCCAGAAAGCCUGGUGUCCAUUGUACACUCUGCUGAAGAAGAACCAAGAGUGGCUCCCUCUAACGUUACAGUCAAGGCAGUUCUAGCCACAGAAAUGGAUGUUUUUUGGGAACCCGUGGAGCGCAGUAACACAAAUGGAGUCCUCUUGGGCUAUGAGAUCCGGUACUGGAAACAUGGCGACAAAGAGGAGGCUGCUGACAGAGUGAGGACAGCAGGCCUUGUCGAAUCGGCACAUGUGACAGAUCUCAACCCCAACACAAAGUACCAUGUAGCAGUCAGAGCUUAUAAUCGGGCUGGGCCUGGGCCAGCCAGCUCCCCGACCAGCUUCAUGACAACAAAGCCACCACCAAGAACACCACCUGGCAACAUCUCCUGGAAGUUUUCCGGCUCCAUUGUAAGCAUCAGGUGGGAUGCUGUGGUUGCAAAGCCAGAUGAGUCUGCUGUCACUGGGUACAAGAUGCUGUAUCAGCAGGACAAGCACUCCACUCCUCGUCUGUACAUAGCCAACAAUAACCGGAUUGAGAUCCCUGUUCCAGAAGAUUCCACUCAUGCUUCCGUGCAAAUUAGGACGACUGGUCCAGGUGGAGAUGGAGACCCAGCAAAGGUGUACAUACUUCGAAACAGUGGCACAAGUAUGAUGGUGGAAAAUUCUGCCGGCCAUCCAGUAGCACAUACUAUGGUUGCCCUGACUCACUCGAUAGUAAUGUUGGCCCUGAUUGGCUACUUGGAGCUCUGAUGCCAGUUACUACAAUGGGGGGUUACUGGAUUCCUCCUAAACUAGCAGGAGCAAAUCAGCCGUUGACCAUUAGGACUACAUGUUUCUACCACAGCUGCACUACAGAGAGUCGUUGGUAGAAAAGAACUCAAGAGGAAAAAAUACCUUUUUUAAAAAUAGAACAUUUCAUACAAGACGUGAGUCUUUAACCAAUCAAAGAUUUUUUUAACUGAAGAAACAUGAGGGUGAAUUCCUGAUGAAUUCUGGAAACUGGAUGACUCAUAUUACUGUAUUCAGUAGAUUCUUCUGCCUUACAAAGCCAUGUACAAAACUAAUCAGACUUCUAAAACUUGAUCUUUUUUAAAAAAAAAAAAUGAAACAAAAUAAAAACAGAAGAGGGAAGGUUUUCAGAGUGAUGAGCAUGCUCUGCAUCGUUUCCAGCUGCAUCCAGUAUUAAAUCAAGGACUCUGGUGUUCAAAGAUAAAGGGGAAAUCUCUGAAGCAGCAGUGUUAACUGAAUAUCCUGAUUUUAAAACAACUGGUGGAAGCAGACAAAGCUGCAGGAGAGUAACAGCUGUCUUCCACCCCAAACCUCACCAGAAAACAGGACUUUGCGAAUGGGUUGCCAAAAGUAAAAUGGUGAUGGCUCACAGGUGAAACCAAAAACAUUCCAGAUGCCUCUUAGUUUAGCUUUCACCCUAAACUGGUUGUAGCCUACAUCAGUGCUGUAUCAAGAGGUGCGAUACUCAUUGUUCAUUCAUAUCAUAAGUAUUCGUUUACUGGCUCUUUCAUUUUCCUUUGGUUUCUUUCCUUUUUCUUUUUCAUAUGUUUCUAGAGUUCUGGACAGAAAGAGAUACCAAGGGAGUUUUGCAUCAAGAAGGGGAGAGGUUCAGGAUUAGCCCUGCAAGGACAUUUGCAUGUGAUAUAAUCAAGAAGCUUAGUUCAGAAGCCUUUUUGCACCACCCCAGCAGUCAUACAAUAUCAUUGACCCAAAGUUUCAUCAGUACAACUUGGACUUGAAAACAGGUUUUAUCUACUAAGGUGAUGUGCCUUUCCAUCGGGAAGGAAUACACAAGGAAAUCCUCAGAGCAUGUCUAGUUGUUGAAGUGAUCGUUGGUUGGAAAUUGGGAUAUAAGCCUGUCCAUCGUUUUUGGAUGGGAGAGCAAUUGAAUGCCCAAAACUAGCGGUAAGCAUGCUGACUGGAGGCUUUAGUUUCUGAGACCAUUCUUCAAGGACUUAAUGUUUGUUAUAGAUGUGCUUAGUUGGUUAAUCUCCCUCAGUGUGCUCUGCAUCCUCUGGAUUGUAGUAUUAGGAAGGGGAAGACUUAGAACUUUAUCUCCCAAUACCUUUUUUAAAUGAACCAAUAAGAUUAGUUGGGAAUCCUAUUAAUAUCACUCUAAUUCUCUAAUUCUAAUACUGUACCUCUUCUGCACUAAGGAAAUGGAACAGAUCCUUGCUGAGGCCACAGAUUUUGUUCCUGAAGGGAAAUCCUGUUCCUGAGGGUGCAGUAUAGGUUGGUUUUUUCCCCCAUGCACACAUGGAAAGGGCUUGAGGAUGGCAUAUUUUCCUGUAGAAAGGUAGUAAUAUAGAAUUACAAGGAGCAGGUAGUAAUAUAGAAUUACAAUGGAGUCUGACCAUUGGUUUACCUAGCCCAGGUUUGAAUUUUUUGACUGUCACCGGUUCUUUGAGGAUUCAACUGUCUAACCCAAGAUGUCAGAGACCAUAUACGUGCAAAGCAUAUGCUGUACCAUAGGGUUAUGGAUCCCCCAGAAAGAGACUGUUUCUGCCCAAGUUUAAUUUGAGGCCAUUUUUGAGUCAGGUAAAAAUGGAAUAGCCAUUAUCCCGCAGAAGCUGAGCUUAGCUUUCUAGCCAUGUAAGAUCUCCAGUCCUCAGUAUUUAUUAGCUUGGAAGAUUCCCUUGCUUUCUGCUUAUUAUAAACUAGGUCUCAUGGGAUGCACUUGAAAGAGCCAAAGAAGAAUUCCGCAUUGUCCAGAACAGGAUCAGCAUUGACAUUAGAUUAUAAGAGGGCAGAGUAUAGCUUGAUUGCUUCCACUAGUCUUCUCAUUAAAUGGUCUAGGCACACUUGAUUAAACACACUUUAAGGAGCAAUGUGUAGGAAAUUCAGUCUAAGAGGUUGGAGUAUGAAGCACGGGGUUUUUGCAGAUUUAGGAUUCUAUACCCUAGUCUGCUGAAUGCCGUGUAUCAAAGAUGACAGUUACAUUAGCAGUAACUGACUGCAUGAGGGAUCUUCUUAAGUAUAAUUUCUAUAACUUGUGCUAAAAUCAAACCAUGGCUUCUAUUUCCAGGCAGAAAACUUGCUGGCGGGGGGUGGGGUAUCUAUAGGACUGCCACCUUUUUAUGGACUGGUUCUAUCUGUCAUGGAAACACCAGAAUAAUUCAGUCACCAGUACUGCACAGGAUGGAACUUAGCCUGUUCCAUUCUGGGUUUUGCUUAUCUCUUUAGAAGCUCUGUGUCCUUAUUUUGGUAGAGCAAGGAACUAUGGGGAUGAGACAUCAUGGGCUUAGAGGGACAGGAAUGGGUCUCGUGACUCAGUCCCCUCCCCUAAACGUCAGUUAAAGCACUUAAAGGUGAGGACUAGUGCUGGCUGUGGUGGAGUCACAAUAUAAGACAUGCUGAAGUAUUUAUAGGCAGAUAAUUAGGCUCAGAUCAGAUGUACAGAGCUGUUGCCUUCUUUCAGCAGGAUCCAUGUUUUCAGCUACCUCGGUUUUGGACCAGUUGAUGUUCUACAUGCAAUUGGAUUUAUUGGAUUUAUAUAUUAUACACCAGUGUUUGCAGUGCUAAACACCACAAAGUGUGAGCAGGAGGUGGACAACACUAAAUCCUCAGGGACAAAUGGCGGACAUGUGACAGAGCUAUGACUGGCCUGGAGAUCCAGUGCCACUCCCUGACAGUGUGGAGACGUGGCUAUUCUCCCCACACAUAUGGUGUUGACUGUUGCAAACACAAAAGGCCAAACUAGGGCCAAUCACUGAGGGCCGCUCCAAAAUCAGUCAACCUCCCCCUCCCCCCAUGUUUGGUUGGUUUUGUGCUAAGUGGGAACCCCAUGUGAUUGCUUUGAAGACUGGGGAAGUGGCAGUGGGAGAUAGGGUGUUGAACCCUUUCCCUUUCCAUGCUGAUUCCCUGUAGAGAAAACCUAUGAGUAUUUCCCUGAUCUUCAAAGCAGCCAUAUGCUAAUUAGCAAAAUUUUAAAAAGCAAGAGACACCGAUGGUGGAUCUUCUGUAUCACAUCUGCUUUGACCUUGUGACACCUGCAUAAAAAGUUCAUUUAAUUAGCCCUUAGAUCAGGGGGUCCCAAAGGCCAUUGUGGUUGGGGAUGAUGCACACCUGGCAACCAAAGAUUGGGAACUCCUACCUUGGAUAGUUACUUUUCCGGCAUGGUAGCCUUGCAUUAAAUGACCCUUUAGGUCCCUCUUGUGGACUGUUGUGAUAGUUGGGUGUGGUGGCACUGCUUCUAAUGCAAGUUAUAGCUAUAUUUUGUAUAUUUUAUGUUAAUUAAAAGUUAUAUUAUUUUUAUUGAAAGUUUAGUAGAUUUGGGGGGCUGGGGAAGAUUGGGGGGGUAUGGCUGGUUUUUUGUUUUAACAUCUGUAUCCAGCCUUUCCUUUAAGGAGCAUGGGUAAAUAUUUUAGUUUGACGUUGACCCUGUAAGGAAAGUUAGAUGGGGCAGUGGGAGAGAAUCCCAAGGCCAUCCAGCGAGCUUCAUAGCUGAGAGAGGGUUUGAUCCUAGGCUUCUCAUAUCCAGACCCAACCCAGUCAUCUUUGGGGGAUCUGCUGAGGUGUCCCCUUUGGGGGCUACUCUUUCUGGGAAAUUCUAAAUUCUAAUGUGCAGUAUUCCUCCACAAAGUCCAGCACAGACACUCCUACAUCUAGAAAAAGCAAUUAUUCAUCCUAUGAAAUGAUGUGACAUAGGCUAUAUAGCCAGCAUUGUAACAAUUAGGCAUAUCAGGUAAUUAAAGUAGAAUAUAAAGCAGAAAUCAUUUGGAGCAACCCAGGGGAAUCAGAUGUGAACUCCCUGUAAUGCAUAUUAACUAUGCCUUACAUUUCCCACAAGGCCAGUUCAGCAGGUAACCCUGUGGAGAUGGAAAAUUACUGGAGCUCCAGUGCACUCUUGUCUUCUUCCACAGCCCCAGUGAAGUGGGUUGAGGGUGCAAUUUUCGCUGCUCUCUUCUCCUUCCAGAUUGAGUCUUCACAUGCAGGAAUGGACAGAUUCAUAAGCUCCCAUCAUUUUGCAUCUCCAUGGGAUGACUUCUGUUGUCCUAGCCCUGCAAAGAAUGUAAACCACCACAUUACAUUUUCAUCCCACACUUCCUCCAAGGAGUUCAGGCAGCAUGCUUGCUGUGCAUACUUACCCUCACAAUAGUCUUGUGAGGUAGGUUAGUCUAAGAUAGAUAAGUGGCCCAAACUCACCCAGUGAACUAUGUAAUUGAACAGCCUUUUGAACCUGGGUCUUCUUGGUCUACGCCCAGCAUUCUAACCACACCACCACAUUGGCUCUUCCUUACUUUAAGACACUGAGAGCUCCUCUAGACUUAAAUUAAGAGUUCAUAAGGGUUCAGCCCCUGAACCUAUACAGUAAUCAAGAGUUUCCUCUGAGAAUGUGCAGAGUCCAUUCAAGCAGCAAUGAAUGGCUGCAGAUUUGGGCAUAGCAACAGGGCUUCAAAUCCGAGAAUACAGCUUCCAGGCCAAGUUGAGUCUCACCUUCUUACUUUUCCAGAAAUUAUUAUUUCUGAAUAUAUUUCUAGAUAUAAAAGUAUCCAGAAAUUCUAAUCAUUGAGAGAGAUGGAGCAUGCAAUGGCAGGGAGCAUUUACCCAGCAUUCCAAGCUUUUCUGAAAACCUGGGCAGAAAAGAUUAAGUGGUGAUUACUGGGAGCUUGAAAAACAGAACAUCAUUAUUUUGAUGUCUAAACUACAGCCAGCUGCAAACUGGAAAAUGCACAGUGGCCUCUUCCCUAGCAGUCUUAUUCUCAUUGUAUUAUGUUAUUGCUGUAUUAUGGUCCUCCUUUUAAUAUAGUUAAGUCUGCUCUGAAAGUAUGGAAGAUCAGGAAAGCUGUAGAGUUUUUUCCUCUUGUAUCGUACUGGAGGGUGGUGGACCAUAGCCAACUGUGGCAUCUUGCAUCAGCAUGAUGCCAAGUAUGUUCUUCUGUUUGCAUCCAGCAUGGGCACUGCCAAAGUACAAAUCCAGUUACUGCCCUGUCCAUCUCAGUUGAGUGUGAUGCAUCUGAGUCGUCAUUUCAAGGGAAUAAAAUAGGUUUGUUUGUUUUUUUAAAAAGGGGCAUGAAAGACUGAUCUCAUUUAAGGGCAUAUAGCCCACACCUUGUUAACCAAGGAAGCCAUGUCCCAAGAUUACGGAAUUUGUACCACAUCCCCUCUCCUUCCCCUCCCCCCAAGUUACACUAGUUUUCCUUUCCUUUUCCCCUCUUCUGCCUGAGAUGGGGCCUGUCAAAUCAGGCUCUCUUACCUGUCACUUCUUUUUUGGCUAAAAGAAGUACAAAAGUAGUACCUUUCAGCUUGUGUUCUUUGGGAGCUGGUAUAGCAUAGCGGCUCUGAUUCAGGAGGGCCUUGAGUCAAAUCUUGCCUCUGCCAUGGACUCACUAGGUGGCCUUAGCAAGCCUCUCUCUUUCUCAGCCUCAAUGCUUCAUCCAGAAUAUGGGGAUGAUAAUACUGUGGACUCAUCACAAAGGCAGCCCCGAUGGAAUAGCAUGACAGGGCAGCUGCAAAACAACUUAAACCAGCUUCUGGGCAGUUGUGCACUGUUACUUUCCAACAAAGGUAGCACUGCACAACCACCCAGAAGCUGUUUUAAGUUCUGCAGCUGCUCUGUCAUGCUCCGCCAUCUUUCGCAUUGUGCAGCAGCCCUGGCAGGUCCCUAAUGCUAACUUUCCGUUGUGUGGUAGGGAUGUGUAACCAGUUCAAUGCUGACUAGGUUCGACGGUCCAAUAUUGAACUGACCCCCCGCCCUCCACACACACACCAGUUCAGUGUCAGACCGGCAUGCGUGGUGGCCUCCAAAAUGGCUACUGCCAUGGGGAUGAGGCCCAGAACGGGCCGAAGACUUUCCAAACUGGGCAAAUUGGCACAUAAUGGAGGCCGGCAGGUGAGGGGGAACUUCUGGAGACCCCCUCUGCGGCCAAAUCUAAGCCCCCAGACCAGGUGGCGGUGAGUGGAAUUUUUUAAAACUAAAAAAAACCAAAAAACCCUCACGAACUCCCCUGCCAGGCCAGGCCAUGGAGGAGAGAUGGGGCGGGGCGGUAGCAAAACCAAACAUUCCCAGUCAGACUUGAACCAAACUACUCAGUUUUGUGCACACUCCUACUGUGUGGAAUGUUGGCGACUGAAUUCCUUUACAAAACCAUUUGUAAGGAUUAUUGGUAUUGCGUGUGAAGCACUGUGAAGACUCUAAAAUGCUGUAUGUUGCUGUUCUUUCAGUUGUAUGUAUUGCUUUGUUACAGUUUUUCUCUUCUGAUAACUGGAGAGGUCAUUCUGACAGCAAGGAGCUAUGACAGCAAUGAUUGCUGUGACUCAGUGCACAUGGAAAAUGGGAAGGGUUUAUCCCACAUAGCCAAAAUUGGGAGUGGCAGAUCACAUCUCCUGUGUAGCCAAUGAUAGUGACGUUUCAUGCCCUUAUUUAAAAGCAUGCAAGAAGUAGACGUUUGUGCAAUGUGUAAACGUGUUGGAAGUAUAUUUUAGGAAUAUAUUUUAGACUGAUGUCUACAGUCACCGAUUAUGGUAAUUACUCCAGGAAAGACUCUUUGUAUUUUAGCCUAGAAUCCAGAGUAUUGAAAUUAUGCUCAUUCUUAAAGAGUCUGAGCCCUGUGAUCAACUUGCUGCCUGUAUCAGUGGCUAUGUGAAUUAAAUAAUCAAUUGUAGCUUUUGGAAUGGGCAGAUGGGAUGGAACUGAGUAUGCCAAGAUCAGAAAUAUUUGAAUAUUAGCAGGUUUUAGCAUUCCUUAGGAGGAAGUUCAACACAUUUUUCACACAUUUGUUAUUUUUUUCUAAAUUGCCUCUUGGGCACACUACUGGAAAAAUUCAUGUGACACAUUGAAUGGAACAGAUCUCCCAUAUUAGCAGAUGACGUGUUUCCACGAGUGUCACUCUGAAUUUCAGACUUACAGCCUACUAUAAAAAUAAACAGUAUCUUAACUUAUUAAAGUGCUACACAAUUGUGAUAUAGUAUAGCCCUGUGAAAUUGUGUUUGUAUGUGUAUAUAUUUCUAUGUACAUUUCCCCCCAUAUUUUUUCCCUUUUUGAUUCUUUUUGUCACAUUUAUAUUGAUACCCCACCUUAUCAUAUAUGAAUUAAACUCUAGUACAGUCACACCUUAGCCUCUUAUCCGUGUUUUUAAGCAUUAUCUUAUGUCACGGGAGUUCUCAAAGGAGUGAUCCAAAGAAGUUGAUCCAUUGCAGUCCUCAAGUACUGUCCACUGCUUGUGCAAAAUGUUGCUGUGGGGUGGAACUUGUAACCAGCAGCUGGGGUGUAUGCAAUGUGCAUUGUUAACCACCCUUUAAGCAGGACCAGUGCUGGCCUCUGUCUAGGUGUCCCUCCUGCCACUCAUGUAGAAUGUGAUUGGUGAUAAAGUGUUGGUCACAUUUUAGGAAGUGACCCCCUGAAUGGCUCAGGGCAUUUAGGCAAGUAUAAAAAUAUAUCCUACUACAUUCCACCUGCCCUAUGUCUCAUAUCCACCUACUGACUGCAGUCCAAACCAUACUUGUCUCCUUAAAUGGAAUUUGAUCAGAAAUGAGUGGCUGACAACACAGCUGCCCAUCCAAGAGGGAGGUGUGCUCCUGGCUUCCGAGCCAGCCAAGAGCCCAUCCAUGCAGGUUCUUAAGGAGGGACUGCUCCAUGCUUCUGAAGCUGGGCAUCAUUGCUACUACGUCACUACUGCCAUUGGGAAUAAAGGCAGUAGUGGUGCAGCAGUCAUGAUGUGCAGGUUCAGACGCAUGGAGCAGCUCCUGCCUUAAGAACCUGCAUGACUGACUCAGAAGCAGCAAGCACACCUCCCUCUUGGAUGGAUGACUCGCUGUGCAGUAUGUCAGCCAUUCUCUCCCCCCACCCCCGUCGCAGGAUGUUAAGAAUGCGUCUAAAGUUAAAGCAACAGCAUUAUUUAAUUCUGAAACCUGCCCAAUUGUGCUAGCAUUGAGCAAGGGAUCAAAUUAGUGUUUAGUAUUAAUUUUUAUUCAUUGUUUCCUCAUUUUUAACUUCACAUUGACAUUCACAUUGUCUCCCCCACCCAUCCUAAGCAGGAACAUAUCCUCCUCCUCCUUCCCACUUUUUCCAUUGGACAUUUAUGUGGUGUUUUCUUUAUCUGCUUAAGCAUCAAGGUCAAGCAAAGUCAGGAACAUCACUGAUGCGUGUUGUGGUUUUUAUGAUAAGUUGUUUCAUUCAAAGGCAUUCCUCCUUUUUGUUUUAGGAAGCAAUUGGCCAAAUUAAGAGAGAUGUGACAAGUAUAUGGCCAUUACAUUGCCCCUUGUGUAUGUUCAGGACUGUGCUUCAGAGCAGUGUAGCAGGGUGCCUGGUGAUCAUUUUGAAGAUCUGCAUUCAGAUUACAAUAUGUUCAUUUAACACAAGCUGAAUGUAGUUCUGUAGAUGGCAAUGAGGCCUGUCAAAGCUACCCCAAGUAACAAAACUGAUUUGGACUCUAGACUUUUGAUACUGAAUCCAGCUUUCUGCCUUUGCCUAAGGAACACUUUGGGGGCCUGGCAUCAUCUUAGGUCCACCUGUGCACUUAACUUGAAAACCUACCACCACCUUUAACAACCUUGGUUUGCCUCUCCUACUCUGGACUUCACUCUACAGCAGAUGGGGGCAGUUUCUUCUCAGUAAUUUUGUUGUACACUAUUUUUUUAAAGAAAACAAAACAAAAAGCAAAGCAAGCCUUGUAAGCAUACUAUAACUGAAGCUAUUUAUUGGCUACAGUAGCAUGUAGUUCUUAAAUAAAGAUCGCCGAACACUUUAUA